ACGUGGUGAAAAGUCUCAAAUCAAAUGCUGGAAAUCCUGGUCUGAACGAGGAGGCGGGCAUUGAGGACAGUGUUGGUUUAUUGGAAGCGGCGAGCGGCAGGAGUGUAUGUAGAUUCAGAUUCCUCCCUGCCGUGUUGUUCACUUUGCAGGCGGUAAGGACUGCAGGUGUUUCAGGCUGUGAAGGUCAAAAUUGUGAAGAUGCCUCAGGGUCAGUGGCUCAGAAAGCUGUGGAGAAGAGCCAUGGAUUCGCCUUAAAGCAUUUCAACCAGUUCACCAAACAGGCGGCAGACCGGAAGGCACGGCGUGGGGAAGGGAUGAUACCUUUCGUUGGACUCACCGAUAGUAGCAAAUUGAGCAGGAAUUGUUGUCAGAAUGGAGGUACAUGUGUACUGGGGAGUUUCUGCGUUUGCCCAAAACACUUCCUGGGGAGAAACUGUGAAUAUGAUGAACGUAUUAGGAAUUGUGGCAGUAUUCCUGAAGGAGCAUGGGUACCCAAAAAUUGUACUUGGUGUAGAUGUAGCUUUGGAAUCUUGCACUGCAUUCAAGGAUCACAAGAUAACUGUGAUAUUAGAAGAGACUUAAAGGAAGAUCACAAAUAUUACCAAUUACUCUCAGAUGGCUCUCAGCUGCUACCAUUGGGAUACCUGCUGCUGCCAGUGAUAUUCUUCAACAUGGGUGACCAGAACUGGACACAACACACCAGAAGAGGCCUCACCAAUGUCCUGUACAGCUUCAACAUAAUUCUCCUUGAUGAAAAGCAGACCGAAUCACAUGGAAAAAUCUGAGAAAAUCAAAGCAGUGAGGUUUACCAUUACUUCAUUACUCCAAAAGGACUACUCUGCCUUCCCCAGUCGACCAGUGACUAUAUGCACCUUCC